AUUGAUUUUAUUCCACAUGAAAGUUUAUCUUCCUUCACACACCUGUCUUUUUACUGAGAAUUUAUUCUCUGUCAAGCUUCCAAAAAUUCCAUUUUAAAUAACUUUCAAAUUUCAAAACAUUCAUAUCAUCUCCAACGUAUUAAUUAAUUAAACUCCUGCGAAAUAUCAGGAACCACCACAUUUUUCAAAUUUCUGUUGCAACCAAAAAUGUGGUGCGGAGGCAAGUCUGCAAAAUGUGCAAGAGAUGGAUCGGUUCCCGUACACCUCAAUGUGUAUGAUCUCACACCCAUGAACGGUUACGCUUAUUGGCUCGGUAUCGGUGUCUACCACUCGGGAGUGCAAGUUCACGGAGUUGAAUAUGCAUUCGGAUCUCAUGAACAUUCGAGUACUGGAAUCUUCGAGGGAGAACCGAAGCGUUGUGAUGGAUUUACGUUUAGGAAGCAAAUUUUGAUAGGGUUUACGGAGAAGAAUAGGAGAGAGGUUAGACGAGUGAUGGAAGAUCUCGCUGAAGAUUACAAAGGAAUUUCGUAUAAUCUCAUUACGAAAAACUGUAAUCAUUUUUGCAAUGAUGCGUGUGUUAGACUCACGGGAAACACGAUUCCCCGUUGGAUCAAUCGUCUAGCCAGAAUAGGUUCUUUGUGCAAUUGUAUAAUUCCUGCGAGUUUAAGCACGAUUAAAGUAGGAAUCGAAGAUAACAAAGUGUGUAAUGAUGGAGAAAUUAGGAAGAAACUAAGGAGUCGAUCAACGCGAUUCUAUUCGUCUUCAGGUUCUUCAUCGGAGAAAUCAUCGUUUGAUUCACCGCCAAUUGCUCGGGCUAGAAGUUACCGGAGUAUGAGUUAUCGCGCUACAUCUUUUCCUCUGAUUCGUAGUUCUUCAUCUUCUUCGUCAUCUUAGCAUUAUGGAGUUGCAUUUUGUUGUUUAAUUAAUUAAGUUCGUCUUUAUAAUUGUUCUAAAGGAAUUGAUAAUUAAUUACUCUUGUAGAUUUGAUUUAUGAAUGGAUUAACUUUAUCCAUGUUUAAA